GUUUAUGCGCAACUCUCAAAGCUUUAUAAGUUUUGUAUAAUAAGUGAAGGAGCUAAAGCUUGUUUGUAUGGUCUGUACACUUACAACUAAAUUACCUUAACACAUGCUCCUCCUCGAUGCCCUCAAACCCUCCUCCCACUUCCCCUCCCUCUCUCCCUCCUAGCUUCUUCUUUUCUCCUCCUCCUCCUCCUCCUCCUCCUCCUUCAACAUCUCCUUCUCCUCUCUUUUCACUUCUAUAGUUAGUUAAAUCCGUUAAAGAGUGAGUUGGUUGGAACUUAAGUGAAGAUGAUUACGUUAUUAGAUUUCUACCAUGUGAUGACCGCAGUGGUUCCUCUCUACGUGGCCAUGAUCUUAGCUUACGGCUCUGUAAAAUGGUGGAAGAUCUUCACACCAGAUCAAUGCUCCGGCAUCAACCGUUUCGUUGCCCUCUUCGCAGUUCCACUUCUCUCUUUCCAUUUCAUCUCCUCCAACGAUCCUUACUCUAUGAACCUACGUUUCAUCGCUGCAGAUACUCUCCAAAAGCUAAUAGUCUUAGCAGUCCUCUUCGUUUGGUCUAAUGUGAGCAAACGAGGUUCUCUCGAAUGGACUAUCACUCUCUUCUCUCUCUCAACCCUUCCUAACACACUCGUAAUGGGUAUUCCUCUUUUGAAGGGUAUGUACGGAGAUUUCUCAGGUGAUUUAAUGGUUCAAAUCGUGGUGCUUCAAUGUAUCAUUUGGUAUACUCUGAUGCUCUUCAUGUUUGAGUACAGAGGAGCUAAGAUGCUUAUUAACGAACAGUUUCCAGACAUGGCUGGUUCAAUUGUUUCAAUCGCUGUUGAUUCUGAUGUGAUGUCUUUAGAUGGUCGAGAGCCAUUAGAGACUCAAACGGAGAUUAAGGAAGAUGGGAAGCUCCAUGUGACUGUUCGGAAAUCGAAUGCUUCGAGGUCUGAGAUCUUUUCCCGGCGGUCUCAAGGGCUUUCGACGACGCCUCGGCCGUCUAAUUUGACGAAUGCUGAGAUUUACUCUCUGCAAUCGUCUCGGAAUCCAACACCAAGAGGGUCGAGCUUUAAUCACACCGAUUUCUAUUCAAUGGUCGCCGGUGGUCGGAAUUCCAACUUUGGGGCUGCAGAUGCUUAUGGGCUUGCAGCUUCAAGAGGGCCAACGCCGAGGCCAUCGAAUUACGAAGAAGACAAUAGCAGUAAGGCAAGGUUCCAUUAUCAUGGAACGGGUGGGACGCAUUACCCAGCACCAAACCCAGGAAUGUUUUCUCCUCCUGGAUCGAAACCUUUAAGUACUACUACUGCUAAGAAGCCUAAUGGGCAAGCGCAGCAGAAAUCUGAAGAAGGGAAUAGAGAUCUUCAUAUGUUCGUUUGGAGUUCUAGUGCGUCUCCUGUUUCAGAUGUGUUUGGAGGUCAAGAGUAUGGAGUUGCAGAUCAGACGCUUAAAGAAGUAAGAAUGGCUGUUUCUCCUGGAAAAGUGGAGACUCACAGGGAGAACCAAGAAGAGUAUAUGGACAGGGACGAGUUCAGCUUUAGGAACAGAGGAGGAGCUGAUAGGGAAAUGAACAAUGGAGGGCAAAAAGUGGGGGAAAACAAGGCUAAAGCCAUGCCACCAGCUAGUGUAAUGACUAGGCUUAUUCUGAUCAUGGUGUGGAGGAAGCUCAUUAGGAACCCAAACACUUACUCCAGCUUAAUCGGCAUCAUCUGGGCUCUGGUUUCAUUCAAGUGGAACGUUCAUAUGCCUGCCAUUAUAGCAAAGUCCAUUUCAAUACUGUCAGAUGCAGGCCUUGGCAUGGCCAUGUUCAGUCUGGGUUUGUUCAUGGCUUUGCAACCAAAGAUCAUAGCAUGUGGGAAUUCCAUUGCAGCUUUUGCUAUGGCUGUGAGAUUCCUUACAGGACCAGCUGUCAUGGCUGCCGCUUCCAUUGCUGUUGGGCUGCGGGGCGUCCUCUUACACGUUGCCAUUGUACAGGCGGCUCUCCCACAAGGAAUUGUCCCCUUUGUCUUUGCCAAGGAAUACAAUAUACAUCCUGAAAUUCUCAGCACUGCUGUCAUUUUUGGGAUGCUAAUAGCAUUGCCAAUAACACUUGUGUACUAUAUUCUACUGGGGCUGUGAGUCAUUUGGGGAUGUGAAAAUGAUCUUGAGUCAUGACAGUGAAAGCCAACCCCAGAAAGAAGAUCAAGGGAAGUCAUGGAUGUGAAGCAAUUAAUUCAAAGCAAGCAGCAAUGGAAGAUGAGAAGAAAUGGGUCGGAGGAUGGACAAUCUGAACAUCUUCUUCUUCAUCUUUUGAAUGGUUAGGUCAAAAGGGGGGGGGGGGGGUCUAGUAAAUUUGUAAAAUCAUCUUAGUUGUAUUCAAUAUUCUCAAUCAAUCCUUUCUGGUCUUAUUGUUUUAUCACAAAGCCAUAACCUUUCACUUCU